AUGGCGACCUCCAGGGACCAGCUUGGAACCGUGGAGGCAGAGGGGAGCUCGGGUCGCCGGGGAUACUCGGGAGUCGAGGUGGUGCUUUCUUCUGAUCCCGCUACCCCCGCCCCGCUGUGCCCUCACGGACCUACUCUUCUGUUUGUAAAAGUGAACCAAGGGAAAGAAGAAACACGGAGGUUUUAUGCCUGUUCAGCUUGUAGAGAUAGAAAAGAUUGUAAUUUUUUUCAAUGGGAAGAUGAAAAGUUGUCAGGAGCCAGACUUGCUGCCCGGGAAGCCCAUAACCAAAGCUGUCAGCCUCCUUUAUCCCGAUCUCAGUGUGUGGAAAGGUACUUGAAGUUUAUCGAGUUGCCCUUGUCUCAGAGAAAGUUUUGUCAGAGCUGUCAGCAGUUGCUGUUGCCGGAUGAUGAGGAGAAGCAUCAUGAACAUCCAGUAGUGGGUGAUGUUUCUAUCACCCAGUUAAAAAGGCCCAGUAAACUCCUUUAUCCACUGGAAAACAAGAAGACAAAUGCCCAGUAUUUGUUUGCUGACCGGAGCUGUCUGUUCUUGGUAGACCUGCUCUCAAACCUUGGAUUCAGAAGAGUACUGUGUGUUGGGACCCCAAGGUUACAUGAGCUGAUCAGGUUGAAAGAAUCAGGCGGCAAGAAGUCUAACAUUAGAAGCCUUUUAUUGGAUAUUGAUUUUCGGUAUUCACAGUUUUAUAUGGAAGAUAGUUUUUGCCAUUAUAAUAUGUUUAACCAUCACUUCUUUGAUGGAAAGGCUGCCCUUGAAGUGUGCAGGACAUUUUUACAGGAAGAUAAAGGUGAAGGAGUCAUCAUGGUGGCAGAUCCUCCAUUUGGUGGCUUGGUCGAACCUCUGGCUGUUACAUUCAAGAAGUUAAUUGCUAUGUGGAAAGAAGGUCACAGCCAAGAUAACAGUCAGAAAGAACUACCCAUAUUCUGGAUUUUCCCCUAUUUUUUUGAAUCCCGAAUUUGUCAGUUUUUCCCAAGCUUCUGCAUGCUGGAUUACCAGGUAGAUUAUGAUAAUCAUGCACUUUAUAAACAUGGAAAGACGGGACGGAAACAGUCUCCUGUGCGUAUUUUCACGAAUAUCCCACCUAACAAAAUAAUCCUUCCUAUUGAAGAAGGGUACAGAUUUUGCCCACUGUGUCAACGAUAUGUUUCUCUAGAGAAUCAACACUGUGAACACUGUAAUUCUUGUACAUCCAAGGAUGGCAGGAAAUGGAACCAUUGCUUUCUCUGCAAAAAGUGUGUAAAGCCUUCCUGGAUCCACUGUAGCAUUUGCAAUCACUGUGCUCUUCCAGAUCAUUCUUGCGAGGGCCCUAAAGACGGCUGCUUUAUUUGUGGUGAAUUAGAUCAUAAACGGAGUACUUGUCCUAACAUCUCUACAUCUAAGAAAGUUAACAAAGCUGUCAGAAAGCAGAAGCAAAGAAAAAGCAAUAAGAUGAAAAUGGAGACCACUAAAGGACAAUCCAUGAAUCAUACAUCUGUUACAAGGAAGAAGAAAAGGAGAGAAAGAACCCAUCAAUAUCUUUGCUCUUAAAUGUCCAGUGACUUGAGAAUAAGAAAGAUUUAUAGUCCAACCUUUGAUGCCAUUUUCUGAA